CUAAUGAACAUGAAAGUCCUUACAAAUCAGUAGUAAUUGAUUAUAUGGGUAAUACUCAGAUAACACCUACUGAAACAAAUAGAUUAUUUCGUCACUAUACAAACUUUUCAACAAAAAUAAUUCUUAAAGAAGGUAUGAGAGUAAUAUUUCUUAAUAAUUCAUUAUUCACUAAAGGAUUAUUCAAUAAUUCCAUAGGUAUAGUCUUAAAAAUUAUUGAUAAUGAUACCAUUCAAGUAGCCUUUUCAUUAAAAAUGGGUAUUGCUAAU